AUGCGGCUUAUCUCGAAGGCCGCCGCCACCGUCACCACGCACACAGCCGCCGCCGCCACCACGCACACAGCCGCCGCCUCUAUCACCACGCACACAGCAGCCGCCGCCGUCACCACAGACACAGCCGCCGCCGCCACCACGCACACAUCAGCAGUCGCCGUCACCACGCACACAGCCGCCGCCGCCGUCACCACGCACACAGCCGCCGCAGUUGUCACCACGCACACAGCCGCCACCGCCGUCAUCACGCACACAGCAGCCGCAGCCGUCACCACCCACACAUCCGCCGCCGCCGUCACCACCACGCACGCAGACCCCACCGUCACCACGCAUACAGCCGCCGCCGCCGUCACCAAGCACACAGCCCCCGCCGCCGUCACCACGCACACAGCUGCCGCCGCCGUCACCACGCACACAGCCGCCGCCGCCACCACGCACACAGCCACCGCCGCUAUCACCACGCACACAGCAGCCGCCGCCGUCACCACGGACACAGCCGCCGCCGCCCCCGCCACCACGCACACAUCAGCAGCCGCCGUCACCACGCACACAGCCGCCGCCGCCGUCACCACGCACACAGCCGCCGCAGUUGUCACCACGCACACAGCCGCCACCGCCGUCAUCACGCACACAGCAACCGCAGCCGUCACCACCCACACAGCCGCCGCCGCCGCACCACCCCUCACCGUCACCACGCACACAGCCGAGGCCGCCGUCACCACGCACACAGCCGCUGCCAAUGUCACAGCCGCCGCCUCCGUCACCACGCACACAGCCGCUGACGCCGUCACCACGCACACAGUAGCUGCCGCCAUCACCACGCACACAGCCGCCGCCGUAGUCACCACGCACACAACCCCCGACGCCUUCACCACGCACACAGCCGCUGCCGCCGUCAUCACGCACACAGCAGCUGCCGCCGUCAUCACGCACUCAGCCGCGGCCGCCAUCACCACGCACACAGCCGGCGCCGCCGUCCCCACGAACACAGCCGCCACCGCCGUCAUCACGCACACAGCAGCCGCCGCCGUCACCACCCACACAGCCGCCGCCGCCGCACCACCCCUCACCGUCACCACGCACACAGCCGACGCCGCCAUCACCACGCACACAGCCGCUGCCAAUGUCACAGCCGCCGCCUCCGUCACCACGCACACAGCCGCUGACGCCGUCACCACGCACACCACCGCCGCCGCCGUCACCACGUGCACAGUAGCUGCCGCCAUCACCACGCACACAGCCGCCGCCGCCGUCACCACGCACACAACCGCCGACGCCGUCACCACGCACACAGCCGCUGCCGCCGUCAUCACGCACACAGCAGCUGCCGCCGUCAUCACGCACUCAGCCGCGGCCGCCAUCACCACGCACACAGCCGGCGCCGCCGUCACCACGCACACAGUCGCCGCCGCCGGCACCACGCACACAGCCGCCGCAGUCACGACGCACACAGCUGUCGCCGUUACCACGCACACUGCCGUCGCCGCCGUCACCACUCACACAGCCGCUGCCGUCACAACGCACACAGCCGCCGCCGCCAAACCUUCCGACGCCCUUCUCGAGAUCCGGGCCCUAGCAAGGCUUCCUCCAGCCACCGACGGGGCAUCUCGACAUCUAGACCUGCUUCGGGCACUGUGGCUCCUCCGCCUCCCGGAAACCAUCCGCGCUGCUAUUCCCAACGCGGAGGAAAUCAACGAGGACGACCUGCAACAACAGGCAGACAGUCUAGUCGACGCACUCACGGCUUCAACCAGCCGCAUCAACGCCGUGCCUUCCGACACCCUACUAUCAUUCCAGGAUGACGAGGUCGACAUCGCGGCAGCGCACCGCCUAUCACAGAUAACCCGACAAACACCGGUGCAACAGUACCACGCCCUGCUGCCACGAUCAAACCACCAAGGGACCAAGAAGACGUUCACUGAGCAGCUCUUCUACUACCACGCCCUUCGGCACCUUCACCUCUAA